AUGGGGUAUCCUUACGAAUUCACUUCUCGUGCUCAAAAAGAUGACUUAAAGAAGGUGUUCAUCGGAAAAAGCAUCUCUGAUUUACCUACUCCAUCCUUCGUGGUGGACAGAGGAAUUUUUGAACAAAAUUGUGAAAAGAUGCUCCUCAAUGCAAGCUCAAUGCAAGCGGACUUUCGUGCUCAUGUGAAGACUCAUAAGACCUUAGAAGGGACGCUAAUGCAGCUAGGAUCUGGAGAGUUGAAAACUCAAAAAAUUGUGGUGUCCACAUUGAUCGAGGCAUGGGGCUUACUGCCACUGGUAAAACAGGGUCUUAUCAAUGACAUUCUGUUCAGCUUGCCGGUAGUUGAAAGCAGGCUUGAUGAACUAGCUGCUUUGAGCGAGCAGGUGCCCAAUUUGCGAUUGAUGCUUGACAACAAAGAACAGUUAGAAGUGCUGGUGAAGUUCAACAAGUUACACGGUGUACAAAAAAAAUGGUCAGUUUUCAUCAAGAUCAACAUGGGCACUAAUCGCGCCGGUUUUGAAGAGAAUUCAGAUCUGGACGACACUCUCGAGGAGUUACUUACAACUUCGACAAAAGAAUUUGUUACUCUGUAUGGGUUUUACUGCCACGCGGGCCACUCAUACUCAGCCUCAACAGUAGAACAGGCCAAGGGUUACCUUAUGGACGAGAUAAAUAGUGGUAACAUUGCUUGCAAAAAAGCUAUGGAGAUCCAACCGUCUCUGAAGCUCCAACUCUCAGUGGGCGCUACGCCUACCGCACACGCAUCGAGUGUAUUCGAUGUUUCAUCUAUCGGUGAUCUGUAUGGGAAGCUUGAACUACACGCUGGAAACUAUCCCUUCUGUGAUCUUCAGCAAAUUAGCACUGGAUGUGUCGACGCAGACAAUGUCUCAUGCAGAGUCAUUGCGGAGGUUCUUUCUUCCUACCCGGGACGAGGAUCUAAGGGGCCAGGCGAACAACUUAUCAACGCAGGCGUGAUUGCUUUGGCCAGAGAAUUUGGUCCCUUACCUGGCCAUGGAAGGGUGUCUUCUCCUAGGGGAUACGAAAAUUGGGUUGUCGGCAGACUAAGUCAAGAGCAUGGAAUUCUUACUCCUCUAGAGGACAAACCCACAAAGAUGAUACCUUUGGGCACGAAGGUGAAGGUCAUUCCUCAGCAUAGUUGCAUCACUGCUGCAUCUUACCCAUGGUAUUUUGUUGUAGAUGGGGGUGAAAUCGUAGUUGAUAUAUGGGUUCCCUGGAGGGGUUGGUAA